AUGUCACCGUCAUGCGUAUUUAGUUGUCCGUGAACAUGAGUUAGACGGCUGUCAUGGUUGUUCAACGAAGUCCACAUUUCGAAUUUCGACUCCUGAAGCAACAUCCCAGAUUAUGUAUGAAGGAGCCAGAAAGAAAGGUGCAUUCAACCUUAACCGGUAAACUAGGUAAUCAGCAGAUGGUUGAUCUACAGCUGCGUGAACUGGAAUACAACCGAAGAGUAAUUGUACCCGGAAAGACACUUGAUGUGUUGAUUGUAUCAAAAGAGACACUUGAUGUACAGCAACGUGGACUACGAAACUGUCUAGAAAAACAACACGAUGUGUUGAUUGUAUCAGAAGAGUCACUUGAUGUACAGCAACGUGGAAUACGAAACUGUUUAGAAAAACAACACGAUGUGUUGAUUGUAUCAGAAGAGAAACUGAAUAUGUUAAUGGCACAUGUUAUGAAAUUAGGUAUACCUUUCAGGGUGUAUGAUGUUACUUUGUCAAUUUUUAUACCUUUCAGGUGGUAUGAUGGUACUUUGCCAACUUGUUAUAUACCUUUCAGAUGGUAUGAUGGUACUAUAUCAAUUUUACGUUCAUUUUGUAAAGAUGAAAAGAAAAUUACUACAGCUGAAUAUCCAAUGUUGAUAAUACAGGCUGAAACACGUUCACUGCCUGUUGAUAAACAUAUGGAAUGUAUGCAGUCAUAUAUUCAAGUGUGGCCUGCAAAGAAAAAAUGUCAAAUAUUUUUUCCUUGGUUUUGUUUCGAUCCUUGGCUGUCCACAAAGGGCACUGAGAGGUUCUUUUACACCAACCCACUGACAGGGGAAGGGUAUCUGCCUCUUGAUAUGAAAACACUGAGUACAUUUCUGUCUAAAAUGAAGCAAGUGUGUUUAGUGUUUGACGAAAAUGAUAAAUAUAAUGAUAAAAACACUGAUAAAAAUAUUACUAGAAUUCGUGAAUAUCUUGAAAGUGUUUUAGGUAUCACUGUGGUAGACAUCUAUCAUUCAUUUGAUGAUUGUAAAACAGAAAUUGAAAAUAUUGAUAAGUGUAUUUCGACAUCAGAAUAUUUUAUAUUUAUACCGACAAGAGGUGAGACGUCAUGCAUUUUAAAAUAUGCAUUAAACUUAAUUGUGUCGGAAUUGUUUCAUUCUUCAGGUCAGAACAAUAUCCUAACUUUAACAGAUUCAACACAAAAUACUUGCAGUAUACCGCCGCUCUUGUGGCCAUUUCCAAUAUUCAUUUGCAAUUUUGACCACAAUUGGUGUAGGUGUAUUUGGCCAGUUGUUAAUGAAACUGAUCCAGUGAUAAAUACAAACUGUAAAAUGAUUUCGCGUGCUCAUGGCACAGAUGUUAAAAUGUCAAAUUGUACAAACAGAGUUACUUGUAAAUUUAAGACAUUAAAAGCAGUUCGCAUAAUUUCAGACGAUAUUGAAGAAGGUGAAUUGAUUAAAAAAUCCAUUUUAUUACAAUCUCCCACUACCAAGGUCACAGUCAAUGACGACGAUGUACCUUGCGGGGCGUUACUAUUUUAUGAAUAUGCGGCGAAGUUAUAUAAAGAUCAAUUGUUUGUUAUCGUCCCAUCUGUCGAGAGGUCAUGCGAGUCAGAAUAUGCCUUACGAGUUAUUUUUAGCAGGCUUAACCAAGAACUCGACACCUUACGAAUACAAUGCGUAGAAACCAUUACCGCUAUUGACUGUUGUACUCAGUCGUACAGUAGAUCAUUUCAUUUCAGAUAAUGUCUAUAAAACAUAUUGAUGUGAGGUUGUCCCUUGGACGUGUUUUUGUGUAUAAGACAUAAAAAAAAUAUCCUUAUAAAUUAGGUGUAUUUUUUUCAAUAAAAAUAAAAAUAAAAUAUGUUGUGGCAGUGUGUGGUCCUGUGCAUAAAGCUCAGGUCACGAAUCAGUUCCAAGUUAAGCAACGUUGAACGCGGGCAGUCCUUGGAUGGGUGAGCGUGUUUGGCAACUUGACUCCUGAGACUUUCUAGGAUUUCAGACCUGCCCACAACGAAGCACAUGUGAUACAUGUGGUCUCACCUUAGGCAAGUGAGUUUGUUCAAAAUUGCCUCUGUUCACCCAGCAGAAAAUGGGUACCCGGUGGGAUAAGUCAUGUGGCUAUUAACCUUCUAGCGCCUCACAGGCAGCUUGGGUUAUCCGGGGUAAUAAUAAUCAGAUUAUGUAGCGCAUUAUUAAUUCACACUUAUUAUUAUUAUAAAUUCCUUUUGAAAAGGUUCCGUUUUUACAAGGAAUGAAACAUUUUUUAUGUCAGCAGAUAUAUUGUAUUAUUAUGGGCCUGUGGCCUUAAGAUAAUGAAUAAACUUCUGUCUGUUUGUU